GUCCGGAUCUAACGCAUGCGCAGCUCAUUAGUUUGGCGUUGCCAUUGAAAGAGGAAAGAUGGAGAACUACAGGCUCGAAAACCGCCUCGGAAAAGGAGCACAAGGACAAGUUUUCCUUGCAAUUGACAAAAGUGACGGCAAGAAAUUUGUGUUGAAAAAGGUUGAGUGUACAGAUGAAACGGAGGCUACAAAAGCAUUCAAGGAGGCUAUGGCCCUCCAGGAGCUCAAGCAUCCAUACAUCUGUGGCUACAAGGAUUUCUUUGUCACAUGGGACAAGGAGGAAGCUGCCAUUAUAGUAUGUAUAGUCAUGGACUACUACAAGAUGGGGGAUCUAGACAGAUUGCUGAAGAAGAAACGUAAAAAGAAUGAAGCAAUCGAAGAGCUGAUCCUGAAGAAAUGGUGUGGACAAAUGAUUGAAGCUCUUGCUUUUGUCCAUCAAAGAAAGGUCAUUCACAGAGAUUUGAAACCAAGCAACAUCUUCUUGACCGAUGACCUCACACUGUCCCUAGGAGACUUUGGUGUGGCGACCAUCAUGGAUGAUGCCAGGACAAAGGCUAGGACCACUGUUGGCUCAAUGAACUGGAUGGCUCCUGAGGUUCUAGAGAAGCCGUACGAUGAGAGAAGUGAUGUCUGGUCACUAGGGUGUAUCAUCCUCGAGAUGGCAACAUGUGGAUUCUUAGAUACUCAAUCCAUGGGUGAAGUUUUGAUGGGCAUCAAGCAAGAUCCAGCCAGACUGGAAGAGGCUUUAGAACCAGUUGGAAAGACGUAUUCUGCAGAUUUAAGUCAAGUCAUUCGCACCAUGCUGAGAAGGAACUUCCAACAGAGGCCGUCUGCUUUGGAGUUGGUCGAGCUACCCUACAUCAAGGAAUGUCUAGCAUUGAGCAACUCAGCUCUGACUGGCAAGAAGAAAGAGAAAGAGAAGGCUGCAAAGGAUUGUCCAACAGACAAAGGCAUUCCUGGUGUCAUGGCGUUCAUCACCGAGAAUAAAGAUAACGAGAUCUCCAUCACAAAAGCUUUCAAAUAUCUCAACACACUUCAAACGCCUCAGAUUGAUGAAGCUGGUAAGAAGCUGAUCAUUAGUAGCAUGAAGAGCAGUGUAUCAGAGGUAGCACUACAGAUUGAAGCCUGCAGACUGCUCCUUACCCUCACAGCAGCUGCUGAUGCUGAAACUGAUGCAGAUGAUUAUCUGUUUUCUGAAGAAGUCAUCCGUGCUGUUAUUCUACCAAUGAAGGCCCAUCCAUCAUCCCGAGAUUUCCAGAAUAUAGCAUGCUCCCUUCUCAAGACCAUAGCUCUCAGUGAGCAAGCAGCAGGGUCGAUAGGGAAGCUAGGAGGAAUACAAGAUAUCCUCUCGGCACUCAGAACACAUCCCUCUGAUGCUCAGGUCUGCGCCAACUGCUGUAGCGCCCUCUCCUAUCUCACUAUCAAUGAUAAGAAUCUUGACAUCAUGAGAGAAGAGAAAGGUGUGGUCGAUCUAAUCAACGCCAUGGAAUCACAUGAAACUGAUUCCUCCGUCAUGGAUUUCACAUGCUCGGCUUUAUGGGGACUAUCGCUAGAAGAUGAGAAUGUAGAAAUGAUGGCAGCACGAGGUCUUGCAAAGGUCCUUCUCAAAGCGAUCACUGAUCACAAACAGCAUGCCGACGUGGUGAAGAACGGCUGCAUGGCCCUAUCGAGCCUGGUCGCUGAGUCGGAGGAGAGUGCGUACCUGGCCCACAACUCUGAGGGUAUCACCAUCGUGGCCGAAGCCUACCAGCUCCACAAAGAGAACCCGGACGUGGUGGAAUACGUCUGCUCUUUCUUCAUGGAUCUUGCUGAAACAGAGGAUAUUUUAGAGGAUAUGAAAAGCAUGUCAAAGGUCAAGGACAUCAUCAAAGAAGUGAAGGUCAAAUACGCUUCGAAUGAGGAUAUCAUGGGAAAUGUAGAGAUGGUAGACUCGAUGAUAUCGGGCGGUCAGCCUCCAGCAAACAGACCAAGCUCUGCCAGACCCAAGGGCAAAUAGACCCUAGCCCUUACCGAUCGCCGGACAAGCUAAAGCUGCCAUUUGAUGUCAUGUACAUGCACAAGAGACCAAACUCCAUUUAUCAAGCAUCUUUCAAUUGUUUACUGUAACCAUUGUAUAGAGAUACAGUUACUUUGAUUGAUUGAUUGAUUCAAAUAUAUUCCAUUUCAUAUCAAUUGUUUGCACAAUAAAGAACAUAGUUGACAAAGUAACUUAAAACUUAUGAAAUGAAACAGGAAAGCAUAGCUUGUUUUGUAGGUUCCCAAGAAUAAAUAUAAUAUGAACUUUCUGUGGUUUUGUGAUCAAAUUGAAAAUUCGAUCAAAAGAGUUCCUUUUCACUUUGAUUUCAUGUUAUGCAAAAUUAAGAUAUCUGCCUUUAUAACAAGAUCAAAUCAUUUUGAGAUAGAGAUAUUCUUAUGCAGUCUAUGGAUGCACUUGCGAAUUAAGCUGUUCAGUACUUGGAAAUAUGAACAAAAGCUUCGAUAUAUAGCAAAAUACACAGAUUUAAUUUCUAAAUGUGCUAUUCAGUACUUGGUAAUAUGCAAAACUAGUAUCUGUGCCUUUAUACAAGAUCAAAUCAAAUCAUUAUCAAAGAGUGGAGAAAUGUUAAAGCAGUUUACUGGUUCAAUCUCAAGUGUGCUUUAGAGUACUCGGUCACAGAGAUAUUCAUGUAAUGAUGGCUUAUUAUAUUUACAUUAUAUUUCGAUAUGACUGCAUUAUAUAUGUGUUCAAAUGAAAGUAAGAUACCAUCCACCAAAUGGAGUGUGAUAAUCCGUCCGAGCAAUCAAUGACUUAUAAAUAGAUGAAUUUUAUCAAAAAUGCUGCUUAGAUAUUAUGGAAAAGAACAAAGAAUAUGGAAUCCUGGAUUUCUAUUGAAAUGGGAUUGACAUACCCCAAACAAUUAUUAGAAGGAAAGAGAGAGAUAUAUGAUUCAGUAUGGAAGUGUGUUCUGCAAAUAUUAUGCUUGAUGAUCAGACAACUUGUGUGUCUAUUAAGACUCACAUUUUUAUCUUUUUUGGGGUGUAAUUACAAAAGGUGAUUUGAUAACAAAAGUAGCUGUGUGCAACAUAGGUCCUAUGUGUACUUGGUUAUAAACUGCAGUGGGGUACAGCUGCACAUGUGAAUGAAUCUUUAUGGUGUUUUCCUUUGCGGUCUGACGUUAUUAAGAUUACUAUAGAAAAUUCCUGAAGAAGGUAUCAUAUUUGGAAUGAGUUACUUGCACAACUCGACUGGAAUUCACACUUACAAGCUUGUAGCUGUUGUAUCACCAAUGUAUGAUAUCUAAGCCAACAUGUACACAUAGAGUCUUAGGGAAAGAAA